CGAUGUUGAAGCAUAUGACAAAAAGAUAAACGUGUUACUAAGCUCAUCUUCCUCAUGUGUCAACUUUUUAAAAAUUCUGCACUUUUUCCCAAUCUUCAUUUCUUGACACCUCUUUUAUCUCAAUCCUCUUCCCGUUUAUCUCUUUCUCUUCUCGAAUCUGAUCACCAUACAAUAAUCAAUUUAAUUCAAAUUACUUUCAACCACACAUAAUUGUUGAUUCAAAAUCAAUAUCGAUUUUUGUUUACCGAUUUUGAUUCAAUCUCUUUCUGUCGCCUCCAUUUUUGAGCAUCUUAGGAUUUUGUUUUAGGGUUAGGGUUACAAAUAUGGGAGCAGAUUGGCAACAACUUUUACAAUCAAUAUUCAUUGGAUUAGUCUUUUCGUUCCUUCUCGCGAAGCUAAUCUCCUUUAUUACUGCAUUCCGGGAAGAAAAUCUGUCAAUUUCUCGUGCAUCAAAUGUCAAGGCCGUAAUUCAACAACCUACUUCAAGUACACGCCACAUUCGGAAACCAUCAGUUCAAUCGGAACCUGAAUCGACCGUAUCGGAAGGAGAAUUGAGUGAAAUUGCGUCGAGAAUUAGUGAUGAUAACUCUUCCGUUUUAGCUGAGAAAGGAAGUGUUACUGCGGUUGACGCAUUUUUAGAUGAUGUUGUCACAGAUGAUGAUGAUUGGGAAGGUGUUGAGAGUACUGAGCUUGAUGAAGCUUUUAGUGCUGCUACCGCUUUCGUUGCAGCUUCUGCUGCUGAUAAAAUGGCGAGUAAAGUUGGAAAUGAUGUUCAACUUCAGCUUUAUGGUUUGUAUAAGAUUGCUACUGAAGGUCCUUGUAGUGCCCCGCCUCCUCCAGCCUUUAAGAUGGCUGCUAGAGCCAAAUGGAAUGCAUGGCAGAAAUUGGGUGCUAUGCCUCCUGAGGAUGCAAUGCAGAAGUAUAUUGAUAUUGUGACAGAACUAUUUCCUUCUUGGGCAAGUGGUGGAGCAGAUAAAGCCAAAGGCGAAGAUGCUGAGGGGCAUAAUUCCGAAUCCAAGGGACCUGUGGGACCAGUUUUUAGCAGCUUUGUUCAUGAGGAGGAAUCUGGAGUUGAAUUGAAAAUGGAUGCUAUUCAUGGCUUUGCAAGAGAAGGUGAUCUAGAAAACUUGCAUAAAUGUAUUGAGAGUGGCAUUUCUGUGAAUCUGAAAGAUAGUGAAGGUCGGACUCCAUUGCAUUGGGCAGUUGAUCGUGGCCAUCUUCCUGUCAUAGAAUUGCUCUGUAUCAAGAAUGUGGAAAUGAAUGCUAAGGACAAUGAAGGACAAACCGCAUUGCACUACGCAGUUGUUUGUGAUAGAGAAGCCAUUGCUGAAUACCUCGUGAAGCAUGGUGCAGAUUUGAAUAUCAAAGACAAUGACGGGGCAUCCUCGAGUGAACUUUGUGAGAAAAAUUGGCCGUGGAUGCGACCAUCCGAUGAAGUGAUCGAGUGAUGGUUGUUUUUGCUGUCCUGCACUCCCACUACCACUGAUUACAUCAAUUAGGGAUUUUCAAUGUGGAUUUGUACAUGCUAUAUACUACCAAUCAUGGUCCUGUUUUGUCUUGAAGAUGUGUUGAUAUAUGUCAUCUUACAAGCUGUUUAAAAGUGUUAAAAUAAUUCUUUGACUGUAAUAUCUGAAAAAUUUUUAUAGAUCCAUAAUUUUAAUGUUUUAAGUUAUUACUUAUUAGUAUAUAUAAUCUGUCAUUUCUUGUGUUUCGCAAAAUGUUUUCAUUUUUGCUGAUGGAUUCUAGUAUAUUGGAACAAUAAUGGAUAGUUGAUAUAUUGGAAAUACUGGGAUUGAGUAUUACUUCCUACCUUAAAGAAA